AUGCAUGAAAUGUCAGCAUUGGAGAAGAAGAUCCUCAACGACGUCGAGGACAUGACAGAAGAGGACGAGCUGUGCGAAGGCGGCUCGCCGCCUGGUGACGCCGGCGAUAAGAAGGGGUCUUAUGAAACCACAGAAGACAUUGAAGACGUUGACAACGUGGAUUGGGAGUUAGGUGCACACUUCGAUGGCCCUCGUAAUCUGUUCGAGCAUGGCGACGGUGGUCCCGACGACGAGUUGCGCGUUAUCGACGAAUUCAAGGACAUAUUCAAAGACCCGGUCAAGGUUUUCUUGGCGUUUAUGCCUUUGGACUACUGGAAGAGCGUGGUGAAGAAGACCAACGACAAGGCCAUGGUUCUGUUGGCCGCUCACGCCAAACGCUUUGUCGGCGGCCGCGAAUGGAAGAAUCCCUUUGACCUCGCCGAAGUCAUGAAGUUCAUUGGCUUAUUGGUGAUGAUGAGUGUGGUCCGUGGUGGCGAGUACAGCCUGUAUUGGUUGAACCCCAGCAUGUCGUUUCUCAUGCUGAACGGGGAAAACUUCGGGAAGGUCAUGCCGAUCAACAGAUUCAAGCAACUGCGAGCAUGUAUUGCUUUCAACGAUGUCCCGGUGGCGAAGACCGCGGAUGCAACGACAAAGUCUUACGUGAAUCGACGCAUUGGUGGCCAAACCACACGACAAGAGUGCCUUUCGCUCGUUGGAAGAUACAACAUGUACAUGCAAGGGGUCGACCGACACGAUCAAUUGCGGGAGCGCUUCUCGAUUGGCUCGGGUGCAAGCUUCAAGCAUUGGUACGGCAAACUCGGGUUCGCAUUGAUCGACAUUGCCAUUACGAACUUGUUCUCGGCGACCGCGUUGAAGAAGGCGGCGGCCGAAGCCAAAGCUGCAGUAUUGCGGCUUAGUGCUUCGUUGCUGCCGCCAGCGACGUCUCCCACCCAAGAUUGCGGCCGAGGUGUUGACUUACAAGCCGACAUUGUCUACAAGAGAACAGUAUGCAGCGUUAUUGCGCUGAAUGUGCAUUCGAACCGAACUUUUGCGUGA